AUGUCGACGAAAAGUGAAUCUUAUGAGUUCCAAGCUGAGAUCUCUCAGUUGAUGUCCUUGUUCAUUAACACCGUUUACUCGAACAAGGAAAUCUUCCUCAGAGAAUUGAUCUCUAACGCUUCGGACGCCCUGGACAAAAUCAGAUACCAAGCUCUCUCCGACCCAUCUGUCCUUGAGGCAGAGCCAGAGCUUUUCAUCAGAAUUACACCAAAACCAGAACAGAAGGUUCUUGAGAUCAGAGAUUCCGGUAUUGGUAUGACCAAAGCUGAGUUGGUGAAGAACUUGGGUACCAUCGCUAAAUCUGGUACUAAGGCUUUCAUGGAGGCUCUCUCUGCCGGUGCAGAUGUCUCUAUGAUUGGUCAAUUCGGUGUGGGUUUCUACUCCCUUUUCUUGGUUGCUGACCACGUUCAAGUGAUCUCCAAGAACAAUGACGACGAGCAAUACAUCUGGGAAUCCAACGCUGGUGGAAAGUUCACUGUUACCCUCGACGAGGAAAACGAGAGGAUCGGCAGAGGUUCUAUCAUCAGAUUGUUCCUGAAGGAGGACCAAACCGAGUACCUCGAGGAGAAGAGAAUCAAGGAGGUUGUCAAGAGACACUCCGAGUUCGUUUCUUACCCAAUCCAACUUGUUGUCACCAAGGAGGUUGAAAAGGACGCUCCAGAAGAAGAGGCUGAGGAGGUUAAGGACGACGAGUCAAAGGAAGCCAAGGUCGAGGAAGUUAAGGACGACGAGGACGAGAAGAAAGAGCCAAAGAAGGUCAAGGAGCUUGUCACCGAGACCGAGGAGUUGAACAAGACCAAGCCUCUGUGGACCAGAAACCCAUCCGAAGUCACUCAAGAAGAGUACAACGCUUUCUACAAGUCUAUCUCCAACGACUGGGAAGACCCAUUGGCCGUUAAGCACUUCUCUGUCGAGGGUCAAUUGGAGUUCAAGGCUAUCUUGUUCAUUCCAAAGAGAGCUCCAUUCGACUUGUUCGAGUCCAAGAAGAAGAAGAACAACAUCAAGUUGUACGUCAGAAGAGUGUUCAUUACCGAUGAGGCUGAGGAGCUCAUUCCAGAAUGGCUUUCUUUCGUCAGAGGUGUGGUUGACUCUGAGGACUUGCCAUUGAACUUGUCCAGAGAGAUGUUGCAACAAAACAAGAUCUUGAAGGUUAUCAGAAAGAACAUUGUCAAGAAGCUUAUUGAGACUUUCAACGAGAUCGCUGAGGACCAAGAGCAAUUCGACAAGUUCUACACUGCCUUCUCCAAGAACAUCAAGUUGGGUAUCCACGAGGAUCAACAAAACAGACCAGCUUUGGCUAAGCUGUUGAGAUUCAACUCCACAAAAUCUUCUGACGAGUUGACUUCUCUGUCCGACUACGUCACCAGAAUGCCAGAGCACCAAAAGAACAUCUACUACAUCACUGGUGAGUCCAUCAAGGCUGUUGAGAAUUCUCCAUUCUUGGACGCUUUGAAGGCCAAGAACUUCGAAGUUUUGUUCUUGGUUGACCCAAUUGACGAGUACGCCAUGACCCAACUGAAGGAGUUCGAAGACAAGAAGCUUGUCGACAUCACCAAGGACUUCGAGCUUGAGGAGUCUGAGGAGGAGAAGAAGGAGAGAGAGGAGAUCACCAAAGAGUACGAGCCAUUGACCAAGACUUUGAAGGAUGUCUUGGGCGACCAAGUCGAGAAGGUUGUUGUUUCGUUCAAGCUUGUUGACUCUCCAGCCGCUAUCAGAACCGGUCAAUUCGGAUGGUCUGCCAACAUGGAGAGAAUCAUGAAGGCCCAGGCUUUGAGAGACACUUCUAUGUCUGCAUACAUGGCAUCCAAGAAGAUCUUUGAGAUUUCUCCAAAGUCUCCUAUCAUCAAGGCAUUGAAGGCCAAGGUUGAGGAGAGCGGUCCAGAAGACAAGGUUGUGAAGAACUUGACUACUUUGUUGUUCGACACUGCAUUGCUGACCUCUGGUUUCUCUUUGGACGAGCCAACCUCGUUCGCCAAGAGAAUCAACUCUUUGAUUGCUAUUGGAUUGAACAUCGAUGAGGAUGUUGAGGCUCCUGCUGAGGAGGCCACUGAGGCUCCAUCUGAAGAGGCUGUUGCUGAGUCUGCUAUGGAGGAGGUUGAUUAA